GGGUCGUACCUCACAGUUCGUACCGUGAGGUGGCGUACCCUCAGGCUUCGUACCGUGAGGUGACGGCUCCUCAGGCGUCUAACCGUACCCUUUGGCGUGGUACCGUGAGGUGACGUACCCUCAGGCGUGGUACCGUAAGGUGACGGCUCCUCACAUGUCGUACCGUGAGGUGACGACUCCUUAGGCGUCUAAUCGUGAGGUGACGUACCCUCAGGCGUCGUACCGUGAGGUGACGGCUCCUCACAUGUCGUACCGUGAGGGGACGUACCCUCAGACGUCGUACCGUGAGGUGAGAAGGUACAACAAGUGCGCAUCACAUCCUGCAGAAGGCGACGACGCUGUGGAGGCGGCGGCCAUCUGUCGGCGGAGUGUGGCAACACGCCUCUAUGGCGCCCCUCUGCUGUUCCUCUGGCAGCUCCUCUCCCUCUCUCACUCUCUCUCACCCCAGUGAGAGGGGGAGGGGGAGGCCCUCACACACCCUCCCAGGUCUGCUGCUGCUGCCGCCCAGGACUCUCUCGUCUUACCCUACGGUGGCUGUCUGCAGUCUCUGCUCUCUCGUUCCUACUGCUCCUGUAUCUGCCAAACGCCUUUAAGACCGGCUUGUUUGACGCUGGGAACACACAGCCGCCAUGGUGAGGAUGAUCGGGGCCAUGCCGGCAGUGGCUGUCAGGCAGCAGCAGAGGCGACACGUGAAGCAGGAGGAACUGAAGCACCGCCCCACCACCCUCACCAUAGACGCCAGCGCCGGCUUCCCAGCAGAAAGGGCUUUUGGAGUGCGUCCCCAAGGGGGAAGGAGGGGCCUCCCAACCCCAGUACGGAGUCCGAAGGCGUCUCCACGAACUACUCCACAGGCGUCGCCGGCCGCCUCGCCCAAGCAGUCUCCCGUCAUCUCUCCCAAGACACAGCAGAAGCAGAGCGGGACACACGGCUGCGGUCACCGGUGUGUCCACGGUUACCUGUGCGGGCGUGUGUCCUUGCUACACAUCUCGGUGGUGUGCGUCCUCUUGGGCAUUAUCCUGCUGGUGGUGGGCCUCGUCCAGCUCGCUCCGGGAGCUGCGACCGUGUUUGACAGUGGCCUCCCUCCAGGGUCAGAAAUCAACAAAUAUGCCAUCAUCGGGGCCGGCACAGGCUUCCUCGGGCUAGGCUUCUUGCUCCUCAUCGUCCUGUGUGCCUGCCAGAAGAACACACACAGGCGCAGACGCCCUCCCCCGCACCUCAUCCAGUCGUGGGGCCGCAAAAAGAGCAAAAGAAAACCGGGAAAUGUGUACUCCAUGGACUGCGUCACGUCUCUGAGCAUGUCCAAGGCUCAUCCGAAUCACAAAGGCAAGACUGGGAGUGGGAGAAGCAGCAAAGGUCACUGCAAAGGUCAUGGCAGACAAAUGCAGGUACAGACAGUAGAGGGCGCAGCGGUAACUGGCGGCGAGCAGCAGCAGGAACAAGGAGAUCGAUCACAACCCAACGUAGAGCUGCGAGCCGUCAACGAAAAGGACAUCAGCUUGGAGGGCUUUGUCAAGAGUCCUUCAGAGAGCGACGCGCUAAUUCAGUCGUGUUCCACACGACGACAAUAAAAUACAGUGGUGGUGUGGCCUCCUGUGGAAGCCUAAAAUGUAUAUUGUACACAGCUAACAUUGUCUUGAUUACACUUGAUGCUGUUUGAAGUGCACAGUGGAACUCCCUGAAUUCGAAAAUUGUGAAGGAUGUUACUGUGUGCCGGAAAAGUAAACUUAUUAACAGGGUGAAACUUUAUAUGCUGGCAACUUUAAGCUUUUUGUAUGCGAUUUGCUGUAUAAGCCAAAUUAAACCCAAGCCUAGUGUGGCAUACGAAAGAGCAAGUGUAAUCAGCCAGGCCAUGAAGUGUUUUUGAUACUUGUUUUAAGCAUUUUGUAUUUAGUAUAAAGAGAAGUGUCAUAACAGUAUAUUGUAUAUUGGUGAAGACCAAGCGUUGCAGGUACGGGAGAGAGCGCCUAUGACAGAACUUGACGAGACGGCAUACCAACAGCUACUAAAAUGCGUCAUGCCCCUCAGGCUAAAACUGGGGCAAGAGUUCCGUAAAUCUCUAAACAAACGGGGGCAAUUUAUAUAAUCAAUUUAAAUUAAUUAUGAAAAUCAGAACAAUUUGUAAAUGUGAUUUGUCCUCUUGUAGGUCACAAGCAGGUCAGGUCAUGGUGCGCGGACACAUUUUGGUAGAUGAUUGAAAUUUUAUAUAUUCACAGACUGCUCGUUUUGCUUUCCGUCAUGUAAUGAACUCGGCCAUUAGAUAAUCUUGAUGUACAAUGACUUAAAAUUAUAUGUAUAUAUAUUUAUUUAUUGGAAAAUCUUGUAAAGAGGAUUUACACAUAUACGUGAGCCAUUCUGCAACAUUGCAGUAAUAUAGAAGAAGUGAUAUUCGGAUAUUCAGCAUUUAAAACAACAAUGCUCCGUAAGCGACUCAUGUGCUCUGCCUGUUUGGUCACCUGUAAGCAUUGUCAAAGUGUUGGAGCAUGCUUCUACCUCUGCAUUUCUUCCCUUUAUAUUUGAGAUGGUUAUCAGCGUGACCUUUCCCAUCCUCGCCCCAGGCACGCUGUCAGGUCGGGACUCGCCCCUCUCACCACCACUCACAUCAAUCUGUUGUUCAUAAUGAAUCAACAGAACAUAAACCAAAGCUUGGGUACAGGGGAGAGGGGGUAUUAUCUUCUCUCAGAACUGAGUAUAAAACUCCUUGGUGCGCUCGUCACUGUGAAACCGCUCCGCCUCGUAUGUGUGUGUGUGUGUGUGUGAAGGUUGAUCCCAAAAGUGGGAAGUAGUCAGAAAAUAUAUAUAUAUACACAUAUACACUCCCAGUGAUAUUCUGAUCGCUUAUGUGAUGUGAAUUUUCAAUCACGACGCCUUUUCCUCAUUAAAUGGUCAAUUCAGUAGUAUGGUGGCAGUGAGUCAGUUAAUAGAUGGUGGAAGUGAGUUCAGUACGUAGGGUGGCAGUGAGUCAGUUAAGUAUGUAGAGUGGCAGUAAGUUAUUUCAGUAUGUAGGGUGGCAGUAAGUCAGCUCAGUAUGUAGGGUGACAGUGAAUCAGUUCAGUAGUAGGCUAGCAGUCAGUCAGUUCAGUACGUAGGUAGCAUUAUUGUCUUUAAUUUAGAUCAGUAUAUGAAAAACACGUGGUGGCGUGACGUACAAGAUGGUUGUGUACUGCAGUGCGGUAUUUGAACGUCUUUGUAAGCAUCUUGAAGGAUGUUGUUGGAGGAGAUGAGUGUGCGAGGCUGGCCCUGUGACCAUCUCUGGCGCCACUAUACCUGACCAUAUCAACAAUGUUUUGGCAAGAUGAACAUUGCUGAUGUUAUUGCACAAUACCAUACCAUUUUUACUAUUCAAGAAUCUGCCAUGCAGGUUCUGUUUAAGAUAUUUAUCUGAUUUUUAAACAGUAUUUUUAUAUGCACUUUGCAUAGACACAAAUGAACAAAUAUUAAUUAUAAUGGUAACCAAACUUUACUAGAAGCAGGUGUGUAGCACACAGUUUGGUGACGUUAUUGUAGAUUUGAAAGAUUAGGCCUGGUUAGUGUGUUCUUGAACAGUCAAUUCAGAAUACAACGUAAAUAUUCGCCCGCUGCGUUUCCAUAACUAUGCAGUAAUUGUGGAGACACAUUGUUCUUUUGUUUUAAUUUAUAACCCAGACCUAACAUUUCAGAAUUAUGUUAUUGGACGAUUCAAGUGGGGGCAUCUAGCGGAAAACAUUUUGACACAGGAUAUUUUGUUUAGGUUUCUUUACAAACAUUUUGACACAAAAUAUUUUGUUUAGGUUUCUACACAUACAUUUUGACACAAGAUAUUUUGUUUAGGUUUCUUUACAUACAUUUUGACACAAGAUAUUUUGUUUAGGUUUCUUUACAUACAUUUUGACACAAGAUAUUUUGUUUAGGUUUCUUUACAUACAUUUUGACACAAGAUAUUUUGUUUAGGUUUCUACACAUACAUUUUGACACAAGAUAUUUUGUUUAGGUUUCUACACAUACAUUUUGACACAAGAUAUUUUGUUUAGGUUUCUAUGCAAACAUUUUGACACAAGAUAUUUUGAAUAGGUUUCUGUUCUACAAACAUUUUGACUUGAACAUUUCUUCAAAGCAAACCACAUUGAGCUUAGAGAACUUAGUUAAAACAUCUAAGAAUAGUUUGUACAUCAUGCCUGGAACGUGACGCCAACGCUCUUAAGAGCUGCUCGUGGAUUAUCCUCACUCAUCUCAGAGUGCAACAUCUUUAGUGUUUGUAUACCUGAGAUAAGACAAGGAAGCAUUUAAUAGUGAAGCGGAAGUGAACUUGUAAAUGUCACAUUUACUCAAAUUUGAUUGCAGUGUUGUUGCAACUGCCCAGAAUUAAUGCUCCCGUUGACGAGAGAUUGCUAUACUGUACAUUAAUGGAGAAAGUAACUGCCGAAACAGGGUAUGCUAGGAAUGGUGAUGCAUGAUUAUAGUGUACUUAUACAAAGCUGAGAUACACCUUUGGGACGUUGAGAUAUAAAGGAUUCUUGUAGAUAUAGGCAAGGAAGACCAGACGAUUUCAACAGGGGGUGAAACCUUAAUGCGGCUGGAAGGCCCUUAACUAAACCUUAACACAGUCACCAUUUUGAUAAUUGCUUUCUUAAUAUAAUUCUAAGCACGACAGUAGCUGUGAGGGUUUUCAGGUAGGGAAGAAGUGGGGGUCCCUCUCCAAUGACAAUAUCUCACCUGUCUCUUCCUCAACUCUGAACGUCAUGAUGUUUGUUGUCAUGCGAAACAUCACUAAUUACCCGAUAUCAGGAUGUGUCGCAUUGUUCAAGUAAUUAGUUAUUGUCAAUCACAUUUUGUAUUAAACGCGUUUUUUUUUAAACAGGUCAGGAGUUUGGAUCUAGUGAUGUUGGUUUUCGGUAACUAAACUGCUUGUGAUUUCACACUUUUCAUACGUUUAACACUUCUAAUAUAGUGUUGAAUCCUAUCUUAGACCGUCUUGGUUAUUCAAGAGUUCAAUCAUUUGGAUCCUGUUACUCAUUACGCGUUAAGGAUUUACUAAUUAUUAUUAAUGCGUAUUCGUAAUGACUUAAUCGAUUCCUAAAAGCUUUCAAUUGCAAAUUCAGUGUGCCAAUUGUGAUUACAAAAAUUAAGUAAUUUUAGAAGCUUUAUGUAAAUCUGAAGUGAAUGUGUGUGUGUGUGUGUGUGUGUGUGUGUGUGUGUGUGUGUGUGUGUGUGUGUGUGUGUGUGUGUGUGUGUGUGUGUGUGUGUGUGUGUGUGUGUGAGAUUCACAGGAUAGCUUGGUUUACGGCAAUUUUCAUAUUGCCGUCUGUGACCUUAACUAACAGUUGGCUCAAAAUGUAUUUCGAUCCUUGAAUAAUGUAAUUUGAUUUUUUUAUAAAAGAAAUGUGUACAUUUAUUAUUUGUUGCAUAAAUACAAAUAUGAAUAGCCUCAAUUAAAUCGUUCCUAGAUGAAAGUUUAAAAGUCCGUGUCUCUCUCUCAAUAUUAACACGAGCAUCAGGACCCCCAGAAUGCAUUGCAAUAUAUAUUAAUUUAGACAAGGACGAUAUUCCAAGUGUGCUUGUGUACUGUUGUUUAAACGCCCAAAUGCCCCGUGUUCUGUUCUUGUAUAGCUUUAAAUUCAUUUUCACAUUUGUACAUUUUGUGGUGUAUUUCGAAAGUGCACACAAACACACAAAGAGAUGAGAAAACAGUGGAUUGAAUCCUAUUACAAUGUGGAAAUAAGAAAGGCGAGAACGGAGGGACAAACAAGACAAGCGAGAGUGAUCAAAUAUGGCGACGGCUAGAGAGACGCCCACCGUCUCUCCCACUAAACACCAUAAUACCGCUGAAGAAUCAAAACACACCACCGUCACAUGGCACACAUUUGGAUAAGGAUAGUCUCCUGCCCCCUCUGAGGAGGAUAAAAAAGGCGGUGUCUUGGACAGGAAGCAUUAAAAGCGAGGAGUCACAGACUCGAGACCAGAGGUAAACACAGGUCAUUUCACCCCUUCGCUCAGCCAAGUUAAGACAAAUCCUCUUGCUUUGAAAGCCUUCGUCAUUUCCUUUCACGACAAUACACCCACUGACUGGAGUCUUUGAUUAAAGCAGGCCACAAAGUAUUUAGGAAUUCCCAAGAUAUUUAAGAUCAAAGUGCACGACAUAAGACCCAAUCAGGAGACGAACGUAAUCAGCACAGUGAGUAACUAGUUUUUUGCCAUUACUGAUCCCCACGGAUACAAAAUAAGAUGCUACGAACUAUAUUACCUUACCUUGAGAUGAUUUCGGGGCUUAGCGUCCCCGCGGCCCGGUCCCCAACCAGGCCUCCUUUUUAUUAGGUGACAUUUUAACAAAAUGUAAUAACUUUUUUCAUGGAUAUUUCUGCGCGGGCCCUAAACCUCUGGCUGGCCUACUAAGUGUUGCUUGUUUCUGUUUUACUUGGGCGGAGUAUGAGUAUUUAUGACUCGUAUGGUCGCUUCAGUAAG